AACACGUGGGAGAGGAGGCCAGGGGAGAGAAUGAGAUGCUGCAAAAUGGGGACCAUGGCCAGAAUGUUAGUGAUGUUAGCCAAGGGUCUCACCAAGAAAUGGAAGAUACUGAUAUUUUAGACACCGAUGAGAACGAACUUCAGAAACUUUUAGAAGAUGAGCUUGAAGAAGACAGUGAGUUUGGAUCCAGUACUGGUGAACAAAACCCCAGGAGGGUUGCCAGGAGGAAGAAAUUCCAUCGCCACACUCAACGCCAAAUCCAUGAGAUGGAAGCGUUAUUCAGAGAGUGUCCUCAUCCUGAUGACAAGCAGAGGAAAGAGUUAAGCAGGGCAUUAGGUUUAGAGUUACUCCAGGUCAAGUUCUGGUUUCAGAACAAAAGAACACAAAUAAAGGCUCAGAAUGAACGGCAGGAGAACUCUCAUUUAAGAGAGGAGAGCGUGAGGCUUUCUUCAGAGAGUACAAUGAUGAGAGAGGCCCUUAGACAGGGAUUGUGCAUCAACUGUGGUGGCUGCCUCGCUAUGGGAGAAUGGGCUUCUGAAGGAAAUGACCUUCGUGCUGAGAAUGCCAAACUAAAAGGGGAGAUCGAGAGGAUAUCUGCAAUUGUGGCAAAAUACGUUGGGAAGCAACCAAUGAAUUCUCAUCAACAUUCACCUCCAGUGAUCCCAUGCUUGGGUACUGGUCUAGGAGUGUACAAUGUUGGACUGGAGCUGGUGGAAGGAAUUGGCAUUGAAAAACAGGUUAUUAUUGAACUCGCCGUGGCCUCUAUGGAUGAGGUCAUUGGCAUGGCACAGCUCGGAGAGCCUCUGUGGAUGUCUCGCAUUGAUUGGCCAUUGGAUACCCUUAAUGAAGGAAUCUAUAACCAGAGUUUUCUUAAAGGACUUGGAAUGAAGCUCACUGGUCUCAAGACUGAGGCUACUCGACAAACUGUGGUCGUCCCAAUGAAGGCUGUGAACAUAAUUGAGAUGCUAAUGGAUGCCAAUCGAUGGAUGGCUUUCUUUCCUAGCAUUGUCUCAAGAGGUGCCACCUUGGAUGUGUACUCCCGUGGAGCUGCUGAUAACUUCAAUGGUGCAUUACAAGUGAUGUCUGCAAUGUUUCAAAUGGCAACUCCCUUGGUUCCAAGUAGGGAGGGGCUGUUUGUCAGAUAUUGUAAGCAACAUGCAGAAAAAACAUGGGCAGUUGUUGAUGUUUCACUUGAUGGUUUGAGGACGAACCCUUCACUGACUUGGAGGAGAAGGCCAUCUGGGUGCUUGAUUCAAGAGAUAUCUGAAAGUUUCUCAAAGGUAACUUGGGUUGAACACAUGGAAGUGGAUGAUACUGAUGUUGCAGAGAUAUACAAACCACUUGUUAAUUCCGGUCUUGCCUUUGGAGCACAGAGAUGGGCUUUAGCACUGAAACGACAAUGCCAUCGUAUUACAAGUGUGAACAAUGAUGCACCUGUGAAUCAAAUUGGUGUAUUGACAUCAGUGGUGAUGAGAAAGAACUUGAUGAAGCUGAGUGAAAGGAUGGUCAGAAUCUUUGCAAAUGGAGUGUCUUCAGCAACCUCUGAUCAGUGGUCACUUGUGGCUGGAACUGGAGCAAAUAAUGGUGUCAGGGCCACAACUCAGAAGAGACAGAACCAGCGAGGUAGUCCUCCAGGCAUUAUUGUUAAUGCAACUACUUCGGUAUGGCUUCAGGUACCUACAAGAAGGCUUUUCGAAUUCCUGCAUAGUGAGACCUCUCGUUGUCAGUGGGAUAUUCUUACAAAAAAUGGAGUGAUUGAGGAAGUGAGUCAGGUUGCAGAUGGUGGAAGUCAUGAAAACUGCAUCUCUUUGCUCCAUGUUAAGAAUGAAUCUCUGCAGAGCAGCGUUAUGGUGCUACAAGAAAGCAGUAUGGAUGCAUCGGGAGCAUAUGUGAUCUAUGCUCCAUUAGAUGAUGCUGCAAUGGGUAUGGUUUUAGACAACGGUGACCCGGAUUUGGUUGAGCUCUUGCCUUCAGGUUUUGCUAUACUCCCUGAUGGGCUUGUUGGCGUUCUGAAUGAAUGGAAUACUGCUGCCUCACUAUUGACGGUCUCCUUCCAAAUUUUACUGCAUGCUGCCCCUUCUGAGAGGAUCCCAGUGUCAUCCAUUUCCGCUAUUAACAACUUGAUUGCUGGCAUUGUUGACAGGAUCAAGUCUGCUGUUUCUAGCUGAGAUUCUUAAACCCUUGGGUAUCAGAAGUGUGUGUGUGUGUGUAUAUAUAAAUGAUGGACAAACUAUGAAGUUUCUUGCGUUGUAUGUUUCUAAUCUAUGUUGUUUGCUGCAGAAGAUGGGGUGGGCUUUCAAGUGAAAUAAAUGAAGUUGGAAGUCAAGAGCGCACCUUAAGUUCUUCUCACCAAAAAUAUUGGAA